AGUGAUUGGUUUAAAAGCUUCACAGGCUCUGACCAAUAGAAGGCAAGCACGCUCUAUUAAAUGCUGUCUGUCUCAGUCGAAAGUCAUUCAUUCUUCUCUUUGCUAAAGAUAAGAAGGAAGCAGUGAUCAACAUGAGCGGACGAGGCAAAACCGGAGGCAAGGCCAGAGCAAAGGCUAAGACUCGCUCAUCGAGAGCUGGUCUUCAGUUCCCAGUUGGUCGUGUCCACAGGUUGCUCCGCAAGGGCAACUACGCCGAGCGCGUUGGUGCCGGUGCCCCAGUGUACUUGGCCGCUGUGCUCGAGUAUCUGACAGCUGAGAUUCUGGAGUUGGCUGGAAACGCUGCUAGGGACAACAAAAAGACCCGUAUCAUCCCCCGUCACCUGCAGCUGGCGGUGCGCAAUGACGAGGAGCUGAACAAGCUUCUGGGCGGAGUGACCAUCGCUCAGGGUGGUGUGCUGCCCAACAUCCAGGCUGUGCUGCUGCCCAAAAAGACGGAGAAGGCCGCCAAAGGCAAAUAAACUGCUGCAAUUUGACUCGAAACAAAGGCUCUUUUCAGAGCCACC